AUGCAUACAUCAAUCCUCACGCUGGGCCUCGUGGCCUUCUUCCAAGGUGCCACUGCUUCAAAGAACAGCUCCCACUCCGGAUACUCAAUCACCCACACCUACGACUCUACCAACUUCUUCGAGGCAUUCGAGUUCUUCAACGAGAAGGAUCCUACCAACGGAUUCGUCGAGUAUAUCGAUGCCGACACUGCCAACAGUGAGGGUCUGGCUGGUUUUGUCGACGGUCAGGUCUACAUGGGUGUAGACUACAAGACCAAAAACCCUUCCAAGGGUCGCAAGUCAGUUCGAGUUACUUCUCACGACUCUUUCACUCACGGCCUCUUCAUCGCCGAUAUCGCCCACAUGCCUGGCAGUAUCCCUGGUGUCUGGCCCGCCUUCUGGAUGUUCUCUUCUGGAGGUACGUGGCCCGACGACGGUGAAAUAGACGUUCUUGAGGGCGUCAGCACUCAGACCGAGAACAAGAUCACUCUUCACACUGGACCUGGCUGCAAGAUCACCAACGAUGGCAGCGACCAAAGCACCACUCUCGUCAAUGACAACUGCAACGCUGGUGGCGCGAGCGAGGGUUGUGGUCAGUGCACAGCUGAUAACCAGAACUACGGCGAUGGCUUCAAUGACAUUGGCGGCGGAGUCUACGCUACAGAGUGGACUUCUGACUAUAUCGCUGUCUGGUUCUUCCACCGCGGCCGCAUUCCCCAAGACAUCCAAUCUGGCAACCCUGAUCCUUCAUCAUGGGGAAAUCCCACUGCAAAGUUCAACGGAGGCCAGGGCUGCAACAUUGAUGAUCACUUCAGGAACAACAACCUCGUCUUCGACACUACCUUCUGUGGUGACUGGGCUGGCUCUCCUGACGUCUGGAACAAGAACCCUGAGACCGCAUCACUGGGAGAGUGCAACGACUAUGUUGCCAACAACCCUUCUGCCUUCAAGAACGCCUACUGGCUUGUAAACAGUAUCAAGGUCUACAGUCAAGACGGUUCCAACGGUGGUGGUAACAAUGGCGGUAACAAUGGAGGCAACGGUGGAAACAGUGGCGAGGGUAACAGUGGUGAAGGCAACAGCGGAAGCGGAAACUCGGGUAAUGGCAACUCUGGCAACGGUAAUACUGGUGACAACAACAGCGGAAACAACAACUCCGGCGACAACAACUCUGGUGAUAACAACUCCGGUGACAACAACAGCGGCAAUGACAACUCUGGUAAUGGCCAAAGCGGUAACGGUGAUGCGUACAACGGCGGAAACAACGGUGAUGGUCAGACAUACGCUCCUCCUGAGAACCAACCAAGCCAAGACGGCGGCAAUACCUGGUACGUCCCUACCGGCGAUCAACAACAAACCAACCAGAACGGCGAUAGCUCCAGUUCUGGCAACGAGCAAAGCCAAAGCUACGACAAUGGCCAGUACCACGGUCCAGCAGCACACAGCAAGAGCCGUGUCCACAGCCAUGGCGGCAGCCACAGAGGCACAACAAGCUGGGACGGAAAGGGCUGGCGAGUCAGUUCCAGACGAUCCAUGCCCAAGCGACACAUCGCAUGA